CGUGACGUCACGGCCACUAUUAAAGAAAACCAACAAACAGCGGCCAGAAAAACACAUAUACACACACGCCAGCGGACUAACAGCACGGCCCGUCGCCAAGGGUUUCAUACAAAGUCUCUAUAUCGUGGGAGCUUCUCUUUUUACUCGGAUAAGGAAUCGCUCGUUUACGGAGAGAUGGCCCAGGAGACCAAUCAAAGCCCCGUGCCCAUGCUCUGUGCCACCGGCUGCGGUUUCUACGGCAACCCUCGGACCAAUGGCAUGUGCUCGGUCUGUUACAAAGAGCAUUUAACGCGGCAGAACAGCGGGGGAGUCAGUCCGAUUAGCACAAUGGCAGCUUCCAGCAGCGUCACCAGCAGUCCUACCUCCGAAUCCUCAGCCAUCCAGAUCAUCGAAGCUACGCUAAACAACUCCUCGUCUGCUAGCGCUAGUGCUGAAUCACCCACCGCGACCGCUGCCCUCCCCGUUACACAACAGAUGACGGAGAUGAGCAUUUCCUGCGAAGACGAGGUGGUCUCGCCUAAAGUAGAACUUCCUGAACCAGUUGUCACUCAGCCGACAGCGUCCGCCGCUCCUCCGAGCACAGCUGAAGGUGACGAGACCAAAACACCUGACUUACCCAAACCCAAGAAGAACAGAUGCUUCAUGUGCCGCAAGAAGGUGGGCCUGACAGGGUUCGACUGUCGCUGUGGGAAUCUCUUCUGUGGACUCCACCGCUACUCGGACAAGCACAACUGCCCCUACGACUACAAGGCCGAGGCUGCGGCCAAGAUCCGCAAAGAGAACCCGGUGGUGGUGGCCGACAAGAUCCAGAGAAUAUAAAGCUCUCGCCGUCCGCACCGCCACUUUGCGAGAGAUCAGAUCCGAGGACUCGCACAUUGACCUGUGACCCGAGAGACUAGUUUUUUUUUAAUUACAGUAUGGAAAAGAAAAUCAUGUUUCUAAGCCAGUGCAUGAGUGAUUACUUUGUUUCCAUCUUUCUUUUGCUUUCUGUUGUCGGUAUGUGAGCUUCAAGUUAAAACAAAUGGGGGGGAAUUUAAAAAAAAAAGGUAAAAAAAAAAAGAAUGCCUGUAAAAGAAGCCAGAGACAUCUGCCUACCGUGUCUGUUUCUGAGUGGAACCCGUGCUGUAAUCUGGAGUCUGGUUGUCAUUAGUUUCCUCUGUGAUGUGUCUCCCGGUCGGACUCUGAAGAGCGCCGUCAGAGCAGCGGUGCAUGGCUGGCUCAUGUAGCAAAAGGACGUUCUGUUUCCUCGGGGUGGAGUCGGCCGUUACCACAUCUAUCAGCCGUCUUUCUGUCGGAGGGAUGCUGGGGCUUCCCCGUCAUUCAGCUGUCUUCAAAAUGAUUUUUAAACCAUUGACAGACUUUGUGAAAAAUGUUAUCCGAUUUGGGAUGGUUUAAUCCAGCAGCCAGACCGGAAUGCUUUCAUGAUCAAUUUUGAGCGACUGCAUCCAUGAUACCCUGUCAAGUUCAGAUGAGGUUGGACGUGGCAACAACAUAAAACCGUUUAUUCAUUCUCCCACAUGAUCCAUUUAAGUGAAUUGAAUAUUUUUUUUUUAUUUUGGUUGGUUUGUAAUGUGACGCCGGUUUGAUUUCUGGGCUUGUUCUGAGGGCUUGUUGGGUUUAAAGUGGGUGUUUUGCAUGGUUAGUGAAAUGAGUAUUUUACAGUUGAUUGCAUAUUAGAAGUCCAUUUCUUUUUCUUUUUUUUUCCUGUCUUUCUGCUAAUUCACUUUUCUCGUGUGAGUGAUCUUUUCAGUGGGUAUUGAGUGUUAAAUGCUGGUAAGAAUAAUGGUAUUGUUUCGUGUCAUUAAUCAGUCUUUACGCCUGCUUGAGUGUUGUAUGUCAGUCCACAUCUUUUUCAUCCGAGGCUCAGUUUGUUUUUUUUAGGUCUGGCUGCACAGCGCUGUUUUAUUUUAGAGCUUUGUGAGUUUACAGUAAAACUAACCAUCUGUUCGGAAUUGAUUUUUAGUUAUGCAAGUUUGUACAAACCAUCUUUAUUUAUUAUAUGUAUUGCGCAUAUAAUCUUGUUACCCAACAUUACUGCAAAAUUGUAUCAUGUAAAUAAAAUUAUGUACAGAGAUAUCAUUAAAA